AUGUGGUACUAUCGUCUCACAACACUUUUGCUUAUCAUGUCAACUCUUCAAACAGUUCGUUCAAAACGAAAAUUAAAGGAACAAGAGAUAAUUCAACGAAUUCUCAAAGAUUAUGAUUGGAGAGUGAGACCAAGAGGAAUGAAUGCAACAUGGCCAGAUACUGGUGGUCCUGUACUGGUGACUGUGAACAUUUAUUUACGAUCUAUAUCCAAAAUAGAUGAUGUAAAUAUGGAAUACAGUGCACAAUUCACAUUUAGAGAAGAAUGGACCGAUCAACGAUUGGCCUAUGAGAGAUAUGAGGAAUCUGGAGACACUGAGGUUCCUCCAUUCGUCGUGCUUGCCACAUCUGAAAACGCAGACCAAUCUCAACAAAUUUGGAUGCCUGACACCUUUUUCCAAAACGAAAAGUUAGCUCGACGACAUUUAAUCGACAAGCCAAAUGUGCUCAUCCGAAUUCAUAAAAACGGUCAAAUCCUGUAUUCCGUUAGACUAUCCCUAGUUUUGUCUUGCCCCAUGUCACUCGAAUUUUACCCGCUUGAUCGACAGAAUUGUCUUAUAGACUUGGCUUCCUAUGCCUACACAACUCAAGAUAUUAAAUAUGAAUGGAAGAAUACAAAGCCGAUUCAACAAAAAGAUGGUCUUCGUCAAUCGCUUCCAUCGUUUGAACUUCAAGAUGUCGUAACGGAUUACUGUACCUCUUUAACUAAUACAGGCGAAUAUUCAUGUCUACGUACACGUAUGGUCCUCCGUCGAGAGUUCAGUUACUACCUACUUCAGCUUUAUAUUCCAAGUUUUAUGCUUGUUAUCGUUUCUUGGGUCUCGUUUUGGCUAGAUAAGGAUUCGGUUCCCGCCAGAGUUACACUAGGAGUGACGACUCUGCUAACAAUGACAACUCAAAGUUCUGGUAUCAAUGCAAAACUGCCUCCAGUCAGUUAUACAAAAGCCAUUGAUGUCUGGAUCGGUGUAUGUUUGGCAUUCAUUUUUGGAGCAUUGCUGGAGUUCGCUCUGGUGAACUAUGCGGCUCGUAAAGAUAUGACUCAGGUCUCACAACGAAUUAGGCAAAUGAAACAGUUGCCAACUGAUGGAUACCGGCCAUUGUCUGCGUCUCAAGGAAGAUCAUCGUUCUGUUGUCGGAUCUUUGUGAGAAGAUACAAAGAACGCUCGAAACGAAUAGAUGUCGUUUCUCGAUUGGUCUUCCCAAUCGGCUACGCAUGCUUCAAUGGUGAAUACAGCUGUGCACGGGUUGUAUUGAAACUUCGUAGAGAAUACAGUUACUACCUCAUUCAACUAUAUAUUCCAUGCAUUAUGCUUGUCGUCGUUUCAUGGGUCUCAUUUUGGCUGGAUAAGGAUGCAGUGCCAGCUCGAGUGUCGCUGGGAGUCACAACAUUGCUAACAAUGACAACUCAAGCGAGUGGUAUCAAUUCCAAACUUCCGCCAGUUUCUUAUAUUAAAGCUGUUGACGUAUGGAUUGGAGUAUGUCUUGCAUUCAUUUUUGGAGCUCUGCUCGAGUACGCAGUUGUCAAUUACUACGGUAGAAAGGAAUUUAAUGAUCAAAAGAAAAAAGGAGGAAUUGGUGAUUGUGUAUGUCCGCCGGGCCAACGAUCAACUCGUCUCGAUUCAUCAUCGUAUAUAGGUGUAGGGAGAAUUGCGAUCGUUAAAAGGAUACGUGAGCUGCUAUCAGUGAAAAUGAAAAUAUCUCGAAAAGUGGAUUUAAUGUCUCGACUGACAUUUCCACUUACAUUUUUCUCUUUUUUAGUGUUCUACUAUCAGGCGUAUGUAAAACAGAGUCGGGAUUGA